AUGGUAUUUGAAAUGAAUGGAGUCGGGAAAGGGAAAGGUGGUGUUGGGAAGGGUGGUGCCAGGGAAGAGUGGUGUUUAGAAAGAGGGUAUCAGGGAAGGUGGUAUCAGGAAAGAAUGGUGUUUGAAAAGAGUAGUAUCGGAGGAAGGAGAAAUGUUUGUCAAGUAAAUAGUUGUCAGAUAGGCAAUUGUGUAGAGGAAGAGGUUGUCAGAGAGUUG